CCAUCCCGAAAUUUACAUCCUCUCUCAAUCAAUCAAUCAACGAAGACGACGCGCCACCUCGAAAGAAACAAAAUUUCACAAUUUUUGGCUCCCACCCGCGCCAUCGAUCUGGAAAUUAGCCCCCUCGCUUGGCCAAAAUUUCCAGAGUUCAAAAUUGAAAAUGAAAAGGAAAAAAAGAGAAGCACACCGCACCCAACCCCUCUCAUCUCUUCCUCUCCCGACCGCCGCCGCUCUUCUUUCUCUCCCUCUCCCUCUCGCACCCAACGCCUCUUCCUCUUCCUCUCCCUCUCCCUCUCCCGGUGAUGCGCCGCCGCCCACCGUGUCCUCCCCUCCACCGUCUCCCUGCUCCGCCACCGGCCUCCACCCUCUCCUCCUUACCUCACAUCCUAUCCCUCGGUGGCCCUGCUUCCGGAUCGAGCAGGGGAUGCCGCGGCGCUCCCAGAUCCGCGGUUGCUCGUCUUCGCGGCCGACGGACACGUCCUCGACAAUGAAGGAUUCGAGGGCGCUCGGAUCUGCACUGGCGCGGCCGACGGCUGCCGGGACGGAGCUGCUCCGUGCUCCACGACCAGGUGAACGCCUCCGCCUCCGCCGCCCAAGGCCAUGCCUUCUUCACACUCCUGUCGUCGCACGACGGGGGAGGAGGUCACUGCUUCCUCCUCCGUAUUUCACCGAGAGAGAAGGGCGCCGGCUGGUGUGCAUCUUCUCGGGCAACCACGCGGCCGUGCGGUCAGACGCCGCUCCUCCGCGCGAGGACUGGACAGGACAGGGCUGGGCGCGGCUCGGUUGGGGGGCAACUCCGAUCUUGGCGAUGCCAUGGAGAUUCUUCAAGAUCAUGACUUGGUGUUCUAUUGUGGUCACUUCUUCUUUCCAACUAGAUAAAUAUAUUGUUAUUCUCCUUUAUAGCUAUGCACGACUGGUUCACAAGGACAGCAAGGACCGCCACCGUGAUGGAAGAUGCACGAAGUGGCCGCCGCCGCCGCCCCAAGACCAAACCUGCCUCCUCCGCAUGUGUUCCACUUGCUGUAUAGGAGCUGUGCACGGGCUGGUUCACAAGGACAGCAAGCACCGCCACCGUAAUGGAAGAUGCUUGAAGUGGAUGCGCCGCCCAAGACCAAACCCGCCUCCUGUGCACUUGCUCGCUUGCUGUACAGUGGCCACCCAUGGCUCGUCGUCACGACUGACGGCCAGGUCAGAUGGCUCUCACAUCUGCGCUAGCGCGGCUGAAGGCGAUCGGGACGGAGGUCUUCCAGGGUCAGGUGAGCGCCUUCGCCACCCAAGACCCAGCCUUCUCCACACUCGCGCCGGGAGAGGAGGCGGGGGCGGUCGCUGCUUCCUCCGCCAUCUUCCACCGAGAGAGGAGGUGGCCUCUAUGCUUCUUCACGGGCAACGACGCGGCCGUGCGGUCGGACGCCGCUCCUCCGCUCCAGGACAGGGCUGGGUGCGCCUUGGUUGGGGGGCAACUCUGAUAUUGACGACGCCAUGGAGCUUCUUCAAGAUCAUAAAUGAGUGUUCUUUUGUGGUCUACUUCUUCUCUACUAAGAACAUAUACUGUUAUUCUCCUUUAUAGCUAUGCAUGGCCGGCUGGUUCACAACGGCAACAAGCACCGUCACUGUGACGGAAGAUGCUCGAAGUGGACGCUUCUGCCCAAGACCAACCUGCCUCCUCCAAUGCUUCCUCCGUACAUGUUCCGCUUGCUGUACAAAUCAUGACUUGAUGUUCUAUUGUGGUCACUUCUUCUCUCUAACUAGAGAAAUAUAUUGUUAUUCUCCUUUAUAGCUGUGUACGGCUGGUUUACAAGGACAACAAGCACCGCCACCGUGAUGGAAGAUGCUCGAAGUGGCCGCCCCCGCCGCCCAAGACCAAACCUGCCUCCACUGCUUCCUCCGCACGUGUUCUGAUUGCUGUACAGGUGCACAAGAGAUUGCCGUCCACGUGCUGGUUUACAAGGAUGACAAGCAUAAUGCACACCGGGAGAGGAGGAGGAGGAUGAGGGGGCUUCCUAUACUGUGUUUUGCAUUGCCUCCACCAAUCCCUGCACUUCUUCUUCCACUCCGGCGUGGAGCACAAUAGCAGCAUCCCUACAGAUGUGAAGGUGCCCAUCCCUAAUAGUUUCUACCGCCAUAUCUACAACCCUGACUGGAUUUAUCAAUAUAUGGGAUCUCUCCUUAUCCAGCGGUCACUCCGACGUCUGGCAUAGAAGAGAUUGCAAAGGAGUUUGCGCAGGGGCAUGACAUGCCGAUGAAAGUGGUCAACACCACCUACAUGGGCAUGAACGCCCUCCAUGCUGCUGGUGACCUUGGCACGCUACCAGUCUAUCUGUAACUCCCGGAGGAGGUCAAGAUGGACGUUGGCAUGCCUGACACCAUUCAGGCAAGGUCAUGAGGAGCUUGAUGCUGCUUUGUUUGUGGGAGCUUGAAGAGUUCACAAAGGUGAAAAUAGUGAAGAUAGAACUUGGGAAAUAUGAGAUAGAUACCUGGUAUUUCUCUCCUUCCCCACUUUAAGCACAAAGAACAACUUCAGAGGCACAUUGUGCGCUUGCACUUAUUAUUUUUACUGUAUUGUCAGUUCGGUGUUUGUGAGAUAGGCAUUGCUAACUUGCAACUUGUGAACCGGUUUACUCCUUGUCUGUCUCUCUCGGCCCUUGUAUCUUGAUUUUACAUGUACCAGUAGACAUCACUUCUGUUAUUUAGAUACAAGUUUUGUGUUUGGACAUGUGAAUUUUCUCUCACUACUUGAAGGUUUCAUGUGGAAUUUCCGAGAGUACCAAACCAACUCCUAGUUUUUCACCCUUCUGUCAGUCCUUGUAUCUAAAUUAACUGCAACUAUUUUCUGCAAGGAACUGCAUUAAGCAAGAACACAAACCCCUGUCUCCACCACAUAUAUUUCUCAUUGUCAAAGGAAGGUCAUCUUUAGAAAUCUGAAGUCAUGGCUGCCUGUUAGGGUGUCUUUGGAUCCUAAGCAAUUGUAGUGUUAGCUUGCUUAGCAAGGAAAUCUGUUUGGUAAAAGCUAAACUAACCUGGCAAUUCCAUCUAGCCUGCACACGCUAGAAAAGCCUUGCCCCAGCAGGAGGGCCAAUUUGGCUCUCCGUUGGUAAUAAAUGAGUGGAAGAAAGAAAUCAAGGUAACUGCCACUGGAAUUGUGCUUAACCAAGGAGAUUGGUAGCUGAACCAAAUAGCUGGCUUUGCCCACGUAGGCUGUAGCUCAAAAGCCUUGGUUAGCUCGGCAUUGACGGCAAAAGAUAUAAACACACCCUCAAUGACAUCACUCCCUCUAAUUCACAAGUGCUGUUUGGACAUUAGCACGCUCCACACCGUAACUUCGACAAGCAAUUUCUGCUAUCAUGCAUACAUUUAAAUUUUUUCUGAGUGGACAGAGUACCAUAUGUUGACUUAGGUGAACAUUUCUGGUUUGUGCAAUAUAUUUAGUUGCCGAGUUGAUCGAUUAGAUUUAGAUAGAAAGCGUCCAAAUACGAAGAAAAUUGCUGAGCCAUUAAACUGUUUUCUGGAGAUCAAAGUCACCAAGUAUUCUAUGGAGGGCUCGCAGAAUGGCGCCUGUACAGAAAUGAGUUGACUUUGUGUUGUUAUCCGGCUUGUUUAGUUCGUUGACCUAUUUGUGUUUAUUGAUCCAUAUUUAAAUGUUCUCAAUUCACAGUCAACAGGAGGUUGGAUGAGUGGGUUAAACUUGAACAACCUGCUCUCUCUCACGUUGCUCUUCACCUUUGUUUGAAUUCGUUUUGCAUCGUUUGGUAGAACCGGGAUGAAUUUUGAUUAAGUUGUUUGCCCUUUCUUUGUGUUGUGUUCAAUUUCAUCACUGAUUUCCUUGUUAGUACCACUACUUGUUUCUGCGACUAUUCUAAUUGCAGACGACGACAUCAGCAUCCCUACAGAUCUGAAGCGGCCCAUCCUUAAUGGUUUCUACCGCCAUAUCUACCAACCCCGACCGGAUUUAUCAUUGCAUGGGAUCUCUCCUUAUCCGACGCUCACUCUGACGCAUCUGGCAUAGAAGUGAUUGCAAAGGAGCUGGAUGUGCAGGGCCAUGGAAUCCCGAUGACAGUGGCCAACAUCACCUACAUAGGCAUGAACGACCUCCAUGCUGUUGGCGGCCUUGGCACGCUACUGUUCUACCUUUAUCUCCUGGAGGUCAAGAUGGAUGUUGACAUUCCCAACACUGUUCAGGGUAAUUCAUUCAUUCAUGCCCCAUACUUGGCAUGCUAUUGUUCUAACUUUAUCUCCUGGAGGUCAAGAUGGAGGUCAAGGUGGAUCGGCAGGAGCUAGAAGUUUCUCACUGGAGCGGAACUCCUUUGCACGGAGUCUCAUAACGCAGACUCAUCCCUGAAAGCACUAUGACAGCACUCAGGUUCAAUCAUGUGUUGCCCCCUGAAGGCUGCUCCUGUGUCCAGCCUUGCCAAUCAGGCCGGCCUCCACAUGCUGGAGGCGCCGCUGAUUGCUCUCCAGGUUCCCCAAGAUCAUGCAGCAG